AUUUGGAUGCGUAAUCAUAUUCUAUGCAGACCCUUAAACAUGUAGGUAUUUCAUCUCAACAUCUCUGGAGAGAUCUGUUUUUGAAGAAAUGGUAGCAGUCACAAAACCAGUGGUAAUGGACAGUACAACCAAUGCAAGCGUAAAACAAGAAUUCAAGUCAGAAAAGUAAAGAACUAAGCACCCGAGGACUACGGAAAAGUAUUUUCCAGGAAGAGAGAUUACAGUAUUGAAACAAAAGGCUUCAAGGCAAAAAUAAACUAAUAUGAAAUGUGGAAGGAAUAUGCAGUUCAGACUCCUUAUCGUGGGAAGCCAUCAACUAAGGGAUGAAUAGGAUCAAACAAUUAUUUGAUGGAAUCAAUCGAAGUGGGUGCAAAUGCUUACAAGACAAGCUCAACGAGAUAUAAAAUGAAGAUUCAAAUUUCUGACCUCUAGAUCGAAGUAGAAAAGUUGCUGAAUUGUCAAUACAAUGUUCAGUUUUUGUGCUUGUGUGAAUUUCAAGCAAGAAACCAGCGACGAGGAACGGCAGAGGGAUGCGUCGAUCAGGAAAAAAAAAUUCAAGAAGAGUUUAAAGGAGGCAUAUAAUGUUCCUUUGACUUUGGUUUCUCCACGUGAAUCUCUAAAUUACAGAGAGGAUCGAAUUAUCAAUCUAGAUGUAGGAGACCCAAUAAUGUACGAAAAGUUUUGGAAGAAAAUGGGGAAGAAAGCGACGAUAGUGAUACCAGGGUGGCGAUACAUGAGUUACCUCUCCGGCGGCCAGAGUCUUUGCUGGUUUCUUGAGCCUGAUUUAUGCCAGCAAAUUCUCCGAUUACAUCGUGUCGUCGGCAAUGCCAUAACCGAAGGCCGUUACAUCGUCGUCGGGACCGGCUCCUCCCAGCUUAUACUGGCUGCACUUUAUGCCCUCUCUUCGCCCAAUUCUUCUCAACCCACCAACGUCGUCUCCGCCAUCCCAUACUAUUCUUCAUAUCCAUCCAUGAGUGACGACUUAAAAACAAGUGUUUUCAAAUGGGGUGGAGAUGCCACUACAUAUGAGAAAGAUGAACCUUAUAUAGAAAUCGUCACUUCUCCCAACAACCCUGAUGGUUCCCUACGUGAACCAGUGGUGAACCGGAAAGGAGGCAAAGUGUUGCAUGACCUUGCUUACUAUUGGCCUCAUUAUACUCCAAUCACUGCUCCAGCUGACCAUGAUCUCUCUCUGUUUACUUCCUCUAAGUGCACUGGCCAUGCCGGCUCUCGAAUCGGGUGGGCUCUUGUAAAAGAUCCAGAAGUAGCGAUGAAAAUGGUGAAGUUCAUCGAGAUGAACACGAUCGGAGUGUCUAAAGAUUCUCAACUUCGCACGGCAAGGAUAUUGAGCGUAGUAUCAUCUAGUUGUGAACAAGCUGGGAGUUCAGAAUAUCCUGAAUCCUUUUAUGGAUUCGGCCAUCGCCUCAUGAUAGAGAGGUGGAGCCGUCUCAAACAGGCCGUUAAACACAGCGGAAUGUUCACUCUCCCAGACUUCCCCACCGCGCACUGCACCUUCCACGGCCAACAAACUCAACCCCGACCAGCUUUUGCAUGGCUAAAAUGUGAAGACGACGAAGAAGACUCCGCAGCUUUACUCCAACGCCAUAGAAUAAUCGGUCGAAGUGGAGUAAGUUUCGGUAGCGAGGCGAACUUCGUACGUGUCAGCAUGAUGGAUCGAGACGACAACUUCGACUCCUUCGUCCAACGAAUAUCGAAAAUUACAAGGCUUUCUGAAGACUGAAGAAACUACAUGUCGAUCCAACUUCAUACCAACGUGACAAUAAUCCAACCACCAGUCGCAGCUGCAGUGAGCAAACCAAAUAUUACAUAGGAGUCGAAGGCCCUAUAGAUAUUAUAAUUUCAUUCUUUCAAUUUAAUUUUGAUAUUAAUAUAUGUAUUCAUUUAGAUUUAUAUUUGUAUUUGGUUAACUAGGUUAAAGAAUAUCUAACAUAUUGUUACUCAUUCA